UUUAGAAUUUUUAAAAAGGUGAUGAUCAAGACCUAUGAGGAAGAAUACCUUGAUAAUUUCAAGAAGUAUAGAAAAGCAAAAGCAGAAAUGCAAGUUUCCAGCGACAAAAAGCUAGAGCAAGCAUUUAAAGAUAUGCAGUUCUACAGUAAAGAAGCUAAGGGGUCAUAUGAGCAAUUCUCUUUAUCAGUCAAGGAACUAGACUUCUCAGAACAACUUCCUUUCCAAAGAAAAGUCAAUGAGUUUUCCAACCAAGUUGAGUUAAUGCGGAAAGAAGUCAAUAAAGCUCAAAGAGACUAUGGGUUUAUUAAGAAUAAAGAGAAUUUGUAUGGCUCUCACUGGAAUGAGCACUCUGAUACGGAAUCUUACCAGAGCCAGAGACUUUUAGGCGAGAAUACACCUCUUUCAGACCAACAUAAUAAGCUGAAUCAGGUCAUACGAGUCGGACAUGAAACUGAGGUCAUUGCCCAAGACACUAAGUUCAACUUAGCUAAAGACACUGAGAAAAUGCAGAGAAUUCGGGAUAAUAUUGGAAGAGUUGAUGAUGAAAUGACCAUUUCUGAUAAGCUUAUUGAUAUCAUUAGAAGGAAUGAGUCCCGAAACCGCUUUAUUCUAUAUUCAGUCGCCUUCGUUAUAGUAGCAGCAAUUUUGAUCAUGCUGUUUGCCAAAAUAUUCAAGAGAUAAUCAGAGAGCGGACAUUUAU